AUGGGACUUGGAGUGAAGAAAAUGGAGGGAGAGAAUAAUAGUAUGGAGAAAGGAUUGCUACUGGUAAAUAAGGACGAGAGAAAAGGAAGCUCUGAAACUAGGAUUACUCCAUUUCUUGUCUUCACCACUUUCAUCAUUGUCUCUGCCUCCUACAGCUUUGGCGUUGCCUUAGGUUAUACUGCCGGUACGAUGUCCUAUAUUAUGGAAGAUCUUGAUCUUUCUAUCGCACAAUUUUCAGUAUUUGGCUCGCUAGUGACUUUUGGAGGAAUGAUAGGUGCAAUAUUUAGCGCUAUAGUUGCAGAUGCCUUUGGUCGUAAAAAGACUUUGUGGGUCGCUGAGGUAUUCUGCAUAUGCGGAUGGCUUGCAAUUGCACUAGCCAAGAAUAUUAUCUGGCUGGACUUUGGACGAUUCUUUGUGGGAAUUGGAGUUGGUCUCCUUAGCUACGUGGUUCCUGUAUAUAUAGCAGAAAUAACCCCCAAGAAUGUGCGAGGCACUUUUACAUUUAGCAAUCAGCUGUUGCAAAAUUGUGGGCUGGCAACCGCCUAUUACCUUGGAAAUUUCAUGUCAUGGAGAAUGAUAGCCUUAAUCGGCAUUAUUCCAUGCGUGGUACAAUUUUUUGGAUUAUUUUUCAUUCCCGAAUCACCAAGAUGGCUGGCAAAAGAGAUUCGCGAUGAAGAGUGUGAAAUUGUUCUUCAAAAACUAAGAGGAAAAGAAGCUGAUAUUGUGAAAGAAAUUCGUGAAAUCAUGAUUUCUGUUGAUGCUACUGCAAAUAUUAGCAUGAAAAGUCUCUUCAAAAGGAAAUAUACUCGUCAACUUACAAUAGGUGUAGGUUUGAUGCUUCUGCAACAAUUAUGUGGAAGUGCCGGAAUAGGUUAUUACGCAGGCAGUAUCUUUGAACUUGCUGGAUUUCCUUCUAAGUUUGGGAUGACGGUGUUGUCUAUCGUCGUGGUACCAAAAGCAAUAGUGGGUCUGAUAAUCGUGGAUCGAUGGGGAAGACGACCGCUUCUUAUGGCGUCGGCAUUUGGGCUAUCUUUAAGUUGUAUCUCUCUUGCAUUAGCCUUUGGAUUGAAAGGUGUCCCUGGGAUUGUUGUAAAUUUCACUCCCACUAUGGCAUUUAUAGGAAUAUUGGCAUACACUAUGAUGUUCGCAGCUGGACUGGGAGCAUUACCAUGGAUUAUAAUGUCUGAGAUAUUUCCUAUGGAUAUGAAAGUAGUGGCUGGGAGUUUAGUAACCAUAACAAAUUGGUUUACCGGUUGGAUCGUCAGCUACUGUUUCAAUUUUAUGCUUAUUUGGAGUCCCACCGGGACGUUUAGUAUAUUCGCCAUAAUAAGUGGAUUAACAAUUGUGUUCGGAUGGUGUUUGGUGCCUGAGACUCGAGGGUUAACCUUAGAAGAAAUCCAACUUCCACGUGCCAACACUUUGAGUUGAUGAUACGUACCAAAUAUCUGAUACACAAUAUAAAGCCAUCAUCAUUAAUUCAAUCGAUCGAAUCUUCUCCUGUUCUCUGUUUUUUAUCUUUCUGAUAUCAUUUUUCAUUCCGUCGGUCUUUAAUUCUAUUUUAGCAUUUUAUGACGCUAAACAGUUUUAGCUUUCAGAGUAUGUAGGUAGAUUAUUGUUUCUUGGCCCAUCUUAUACACUAAAGUCUCCAAAUUUACAUAGUCGUUGUUG